AUGUCAUACGAUUCAUAUAGAGGCUCUGCAGGAAGAGGAAGAAGUGGUUCAGAUAAGGGAACUGGGUAUAGUGAUGAUUAUCAUGGUCAGGGCAACUUUUAUCGAGGCGCGUACAGAGGUAGAGGUGGAAGAGGAGGUAGAGGCCUGCUGUAUCGUGGUGGACGUGGAAGCUAUAGUGGGGGUUAUAACUCACUGUAUUAUGGAAAUAACUUUAGAGGUCGUGGUGGCAGUGGCUAUUAUAGCAAACAUAACAGCUUUAGUGGUCGUGAUGAUAGGAGCCGAGGAAGUUCGUAUUCUGAACAUGAAGAAUGGGAGGAAGAGCAGUCCCCUCAGCCUGUGGAGCAUAGACAAGGCAGCAUAGAGCAUGACGAAGAAGAUAGUGGAUACCAAGGUCAAGAUACAUCGUUUGGUCGUGGAGGUGGCUAUAGAGGAGGGUCAUUUAGAGGCGGGUACAAGAGUCGAAAUGGAAACACACAUCACCUGGGUGAAUUCUACAAGUCUGGAGGCGUGGUAGAUAAAAACUCUCGACAUUACAAAGAUUUUCUACAUGAUACAAAGUUAAAAGAGUUUCAAAAUCCUUGGAUACAUAUUAUGGGAAUAACAGAUGAAACGCAACAAGCCAGCUUGGAAGAUAACUACAACGAACAAUCUAAAGCUGAUGAAGCUAUUCAAGAGCUACAGAAGAAAAAGAUGAGAUUGGAAAUGGCCCUUUCGAGUUUGGAAAAACAUGCUUCUCGAGAGGAAUUACAUGUGCAACUAACGACAGAAAAGUUGGAUGAAUUUGUAUAUAUUUAA